UAGCUGAAAGACGGUGGGAAGGGAACAAUGAGGCCUUGGCUAAGCCCAGGGGACUAUUAGUGCCCCUCACCGCCAUAAUUUUCCUGAUGUCCAGAGACCAGAAGUCCUCCUCGCUGCCCGUCUUGCCGUGCUCCAGCCUCCAGAAGAAGGCGAAAAAUCCUCUGCAAAGCAGUCUCCAGGCAGUUGAAGAUCAGGUAAAGAUAUGUGGCCACAAGAGGGAUGCGGAUGUCUUCGAGCUGUUCCUUUCUAAAAAGGAACUGACAGAGAUUGUUGAUCUUUCUAGAUUUAGAAAUUUAAAAUAUUUAUGGCUCCACCAUAAUAAGCUACAUGGGAUAGCAUUUUUGACUAGAAACUAUUGUCUGACAGAACUGUAUCUAAACAACAAUGCAAUAUUUGACAUAGAAGGCCUGCAUAACCUGCCUUCCUUGCAUGUUCUCCUGUUGCACCACAACGAGCUAACAAACACUGAGGCUAUGGUGAAGGAGCUAAAGGGAAUGCAGAACCUAAAGACCCUAACUCUGUACCAAAACCCUUUAUCCCAGUAUAACCUCUACCGUCUGACUAUCAUCUACCACCUUCCGGGAGUGGAGCUGCUCGACUGGAAGCAAGUUACAGAGAAGGAGAGAAGAUCCAAGAUCACCAUUUUUGACCAUAAAAAGGCUCAUAUCAUUCAAUCGAUAGCAUUCGGAGGAAAAGUGGAUGUUUCUUGGAACCCCAAAUCAACAAUACUGCAAAAGCGAGUGUCAAAACUCCCUUCAGAUUUUGCAUUUGGGGAUAAUGUUGACAAGACUGUGUUUGAUGACCCAGAAGACGCUGUGUUUGUAAGAUCCAUGAAGAGGUCUUUGAUGGCCAUCACUUCCAUGAACUGGGACACGGUUCCCACACGAGAGGAAGAGUAUGGAGAAAUGAAAAAGAUGGACUCAGCCAAGAUGAUGAUACUAUCCCUGAGAUAACUUUCCAAACUCCUCAUGCUGCUCAGCAGAAUGUUAAAACAUCCAUGACUUAGAGCAAUACUCACCUGAUGUUUAUAAAUAGAGCAAUCGGUGAUGGGAAAAUGAUUCCUGCA